GGUGGUUUGUGCUGCACAAGCAGCUUUCUGAUUUCUUGUUUAACCAGUGAUGUAUUUUAAUAAACAGGGAAGCGGUGCCCUUGGCACUGUUAACAGUCACUCCAUUGCUUUGGUAUGAGGGUGUGAAGACAGGCUGGCAGGCUUCACACCCACCUGUCCACAAACCACACCUGAAGGAAUUUCUAAACCUGGCUAGUUAAUCUACAACAGCUUCUUAGGAACAGGACACCUGCUGCUCUAUAGAGUGAGAAAUGAUAUUGUCUGAAGUUGUACUGUGGCGACAUUACCUCUUCCUAAUCAAGCUUUUAGUUCAGCCCAUCCUCGUGUUAACCCGAACACUGAGGGUUAGCAGGGCACCCCACCCCCUAGGAAAACUCCAUUGUUCUAGUCUGUAUGUGUGGCUUCCUGUUGCAGAGUCCCUGGGUGUGAAGGAUAUCGCGGAACGGCUGUGCAUUGUGGAGCGGGUCGAGGAGGUUCUGAGGCAGCAGGACUGUGAGGAGUCUGGGUAUCUCCGGCAUGCGCUCUCUGUAAUAACCGAGGAAGAGGCUGAGCGCACCUGGACAGAGGCAGGGCACGUGGAACGCGGCAGAAGCUCUUCCUUCCAUGAAGUCCACGGUUUCCAGGAGUUUGACAUGAGGACCACGGAGGAAGCUUCCGGCAACAAUAACAAUACCGUCUUACAGCGCCUCCUGCAGGAGCAGCUCCGCUAUGGCAAUCCCAGUGAGAAUAGAAACUUCCUGGCUCUCCACCACCACCAGCACCAGCAGCAGCAGCAGCAGCAGCAGCAGCAGGGCCCGGUGAGCGGGAUCGGCUACGCGGGAGUGGGCCCCCCAGGAGAGGACCACCAGAUGGUCCCCCACUUGGCCCGUCAGGAGCCCCAGGGCCAGGAGCUACAGGUGGACAACAACGCGAUGGAGAAGCAGUUGACCUUGCGGGGCGGCCAGGGUCCCAACUCCGAGGAUCUGCCCACCUACGAGGAGGCCAAGGUGCAGUCGCAGUACUUCAGGGGCCAGCAACAGAUGCCGCCCACUGUAGGUGCCGCCUUUUACGUGACCGGGGUGACCAACCAGAAGCUGAGGACAGAAGGGCGACCGGCUGUGCAGAGGGUGAGCCCUGGGAAGGUUCAUCAGGACGACGGGCUGAAGGACCUGAAGCAGGGCCAUGUCCGCUCUCUUAGCGAGAGACUCAUGCAGCUCUCUCUGGCAACCAGUGGCGUGAAAGCCCACUCACCAGUCACCAGUGCCCCACUCUCCCCUCAAGCCCAGUCCUCCUCGGACCUGUACCAAAACACACCACCGGGAGCGGACUUCUAUAAGCAAGGGGGCCAGGGCGGGCAGCAGCCCCAGCACUCUCAACACUCUCAACACUCUCUGAAAGGGAUGGAGCACAGGGGCCCACCCCCGGAUUACCCCUUCAAGAACAUGUCCACCUUGCCCAUGGCAUCCAAGCCUCAGGAACACGGGAAUUACUACACCGAGCACCGCAUGAGCCAGCAGGCCAGGGCUGACAUGCCAGUGAUGAGAUACCAGCCCCCACCAGAGUACAGGGCUCCCAGGCAAAACCAGGAGGGUUCAGGGCACCAGCAGCGGCCAGGCCACCAUCACAGCCCCGCGUCCUCCAUGACUUCCCUCAGCUCCCUCUCACUGGGCCAAUCCCCAACCACGAAUGCCCUGCUUGGGCCGGCCCAUCCCCAGAGCCAGUACCCAGGGGACCCCUACUCGCCAGGCCCUCGCCAGCAGCACCAGGGAGACCCCUAUGGCCUGGCCUCCCCUCCUCCCCGGGGCCAGCAGAUUCAGGGAGACUCCUACCCAGGGCCCCCCAGACCCCAGCAGCAUUUCCCCCCCAGCCACUGCUUCCAGGGCGACCCCUACGCCAUCGUGGCCAGGGCACAGCAGAUGGUGGAGAUUCUGUCAGACGAGAACAGAGUUCUCAAGCAGGACCUGGACGUGUACAGCGACAAAGUGGUCAAACUGCAGAAGCUGGAGAUGGAGAUCCAGCACGUGUCCGAGGAUUAUGAGAACCUGGCCAAGUCGUCAACCAAGCGGGAGGCUCUGGAGAAAGCCAUGAGGAACAAGCUGGAGGGGGAGAUCCGGAGGCUGCACGACUUCAACAGGGACCUCCGAGAGCGAAUGGAGACGGCUAACAAACAGCUGGCAGCUAAAGAAUAUGAAGGCUCUGAGGAUAACCGCAAGACCAUCUCUCAGCUCAUUGCACAGAACAAAGAAAAUCUGAGAGAAAAGGAGAAACUGGAGAUUGAGCUGAAAUCCCUCCGUUCUGCCAAUGAGGACCAGCGGAGACAUAUUGAAAUCCGAGACCAGGCUUUGAACAACGCACAGGCCAAAGUGGUCAAGCUGGAGGAGGAGCUGAAGAAGAAGCAGGUGUACGUGGAGAAGGUGGAGCGGAUGCAGCAGGCCCUGGUGCAGCUGCAGGCAGCCUGUGAGAAGCGAGAGCAGCUGGAGCACAGGCUGCGGACCCGGCUGGAGAGAGAGCUCGAGGCUCUCCGGAUGCAGCAGCGCCAGGGCGGGGCUCAGAGCAGCAGCGGCGCCCCCGAGUUCAAUGCCACGGUUCUGAUGGAGCACCUGCGUGAGAAGGAGGAGCGCAUCCUGGCUCUGGAGGCUGACAUGACCAAGUGGGAGCAGAAGUACCUGGAGGAGAGUGUCAUGAGGCAGUUCGCUUUGGACGCAGCCACCAGUGCCACCACCCAGAGUGCUGUUGUUGAAACUAGGGACACCCCCAGGAUCAGCCACUCUCCCAGCAGCAGCUAUGACACAUCGGUGGAGGCACGCAUUCAGAGGGAGGAGGAGGAGAUCCUGAUGGCCAACCGCAGGUGCCUGGACAUGGAGAGCAGGAUAAAGAACCUGCACGCCCAGAUCAUUGAGAAAGACGCCAUGAUCAAGGUGCUCCAAGUACGGUCUCGAAAGGAGCCCAACAAGAUGGAUCAGUCCUCCCCCAUGAGGCCCUCCAAGUCCCUGAUGUCCAUCACAAACCCCAGCCCCGGCUCCGGCCUGCUGUCACACUCCCUGGGCCUGAGCAGCAGCCCCAUCGCAGAGGAGAGGAAGGAGGAGCGGAGCUGGAAGGGGAGUCUGGGUGUUCUGCUGGGCACCGACUUUCGCACAGAGUCCCUGCGUACUGAAUCUAUCUCCUCCUCCCCUUCCCCGGUCCUCCCCUCCACCCCCAUGAUGUCAGCCCAUUCCAAGACUGGCAGCCGAGACAGCUGCACCCAGACAGACAAGGGCAGUGAACAGAGCAAGCCUACCCCCAGCCUGGCACUACCGCCGGUUCAGUCUAGACUGGCCAGCCCCAGCCCAGCCUACAUCCCAGACAGGAUAGACGGGCCAUCGUUCCACAGCGGAACCUUGGAUAGGAGAGCCCCAGUCUCAUCACUGGGACAGGACAUUGACAACGAGAUGGUGGAGAUUCUCAUUUAAACCAGGAGAUAUGUGAGGCCUAGUGACCUCAGGAAGAUGAAAAGGACUUCUCUUUUAAAAUGCAGAGAUGUACUUAACGAGAGAUGAAAAGCCCAAGACUAGAUGAAGGAUUGUUCAAUAUAAGAACUAGUUGCUGAAGGCUGGGUUGAUAUGAGGGUAUGCUUAAAUGCACUCAUUUUAAGCACCAUUUUCAUGAAAUCUUUAUAACAAUGUAGAGCUAGAGUUUCGGAAUUCUCCUAUGUGGAACCAGUAGGGAUUAUCUCUGUUGUACAAUAUUUUGUCGGUGUUCUCUGUACCAACUGGACCAAAUGCGUUUGCUACCCCAUGGUUUCACUUAUUGCACUACCAUACUCUCAUUUCUUUGUAAUUGUUAAAUUUUGGAAGUAAUUAAACAGCAAGGAUAUAUAUAUAUAUAUAUAUAUAUAUAUAUAUAUAUAUAUAUAUAUAUAUAUAUAUAUAUAUAUAUAUAAAAAAAAUAUAUGUGUGUGUGUGUUUUACAUUUCCCUUACUACUUUACAGUGUUUGCAAUUAUUUAGAGUGGCUGUGGGUUCUGUGGACCCAAUAUUGUGUUAUUAUUUCUCAGUUAAAAAGGUCACAAUGUCACAUGAUUUGAAUUGAAUGAACAAGUCUGUUUAGACCAGGCACAGGAUUCUCCAGAAAAGCCAGGUAAAGGUAGGUUUAGAGAGAGAGAAUAUUUGAAAUCAGUAUUGGAAUAACAAAACCAAGAGCUACUCAGCAUGAUAGAAGUAAUAAGAGAUGUAAAAACUACAAUAAAGCGACAUCUGAAGGUACUUGCUCUUUUAAAACACUUUACAAUUGAUGCAAAUUGCAUUUAGCACUUGGAUAGCAACUUGUGAUUUCUCCAAUUGUAUAUAAAAUGUUUGCCGUUAAACCUGUAAAUACCUGUAUAACGAAGGACAGGUCUCAUGUUAUUGUAUUGUAUUUGUGUGUUUUAUUUUAUACCGUAAUGCUUGUUUCCUUUGUGUGUGUUGUCGUGUCUGGGGUUGUUGCUACCUAGCCGUGAAUGGACAUGAGAUUCCUGGGGGCGGGUGCUGCUCUCUGCUGGCAGGAAUGUGAUUGGUCAGUGCCUGCCCUGCAUUCUAGUCUCUGAGUUCCACCCAGUAAAGGAAAUGGCUUCAGCUGUCAUUUAUGUGCUUUUAUGAUGUUCUGUUCCUCCCAGUAGUAUUUCAAUCCCUACAGUUGUCUCUAGCUGCCUACACUUCGUUUACUCUCUGCACUUAAAGGAACCCUAGUUAUUUUAUAUUUCUUUUUCUCCUGUAGUGUAUAGCACUAGCAUUGUAUACCGGUAUGUAACUCUGUUUUUUCUUUGGCUGGCCUGUUUUUUUGUGUUUAUAAUUCUCUACAGGAGGUGUGUCUCUGAUCUGAACCUGUCAUGCUACGUUUUAAAAGACAGGCCUGUGCCUCUGCAGCAGAUAUGAUACGUGGCUGAACUGCUCACAAAUUCCGUGAUGGUUUUCAAGGGCGAUUUUUAUGUACGUAAGUGACCCUUACAAAACUGAUUUGCCCAAGGAACAGUGCCAGAUGCAUGGGCACACACUUCAGUUCAACUGCAUUGUUAACCUUUUCAUUGUCACUGUGCAAAGAAUGCUGGUGUGCCACAAUAAAAAUGCCAAUUUC